AUGGGCGCUGACAAAUGGUCUUUCUCUCCCUCCUUCCCUCCCUCCCUCUCUCUAUCUCUCUCUCUCUCUCUAUCUCUCUCUCUCUUGAUUGAUCGACCGAUCGACAGUAGGAUGUACUGUGCGCGUGAUGGAUGUGGACGCGAGGCCGCAUACCACAGAGUGACCGAAGCUAACAUCACUUCGCUGCUCUCUCUCUGUCUCUCUCUCUCUCUCUCUCUCUAUAUAUAUAUAUAUAUAUAUAUAUAUAUAUAUAAUCUCUCUCCAUCACUCUAUCUCCAUCUCUCUAUCUCUAUCUCUCUCGAUCUCUCUCUCUAUAUCUCUCUCGAUCUCUCAAUCUCUAUCUAUCUCUAUCUCUCUAUCUCUCUUUCUAUCUCUCUCUAUCUCUCUUUCUAUCUCUCUCUAUCUCUCUAUCUCCCUCUAUCUCUAUCUCUAUCUCUCUCUAUAUCUCUCUCUAUCUCUCCAUCUCCCUCUCCUUCUCUCUCUGUCACUCUAUCUCCCUCUAUCUCUCUCUCCCUCUCUCUCUAUCGCUAUCUCUCAAUCUCUUUAUCUCUCUCUUUCUCUCUCUCCCUCUCUCUCUCUCUCUCUCUCUCUCUCUCUCUCUCUGAAUAA